CACAGUAGCUGUCAUCAUGGCCAAUAAUCUCCAUAGAAGCAAAAAGUCUUCUGAACAAGUCCUCGCAGACUGUAGGACACAGUUUGUGCAAUCAGUGGACAAGAGUGUAAUCAAUGGCCUCUUGGAUGACAUGAUUCAAGAAAAAGUGUUUAACCAAGAAGAAAUGGAGGAAGUGAUGCAGGAAAAUUUGACAAUCAUGAGUAGAGCCCGGGUGCUAAUUGAUUAUAUCAUUCGGAAGGGUAGUAAACCAUGCCAAUCUUUUAUUCAUCACAUCUGGAUAAGAGACAGUCAUCUUGCUGAAAAACUGGGCCUGACAAAGUGAAGAUUCAAAAUUUAUAAGGCUGUCCAGGAACCAUAAUCCUUCUCAAGUAUCAUUGCUGGAAUGGAAUUGGCUGCUUUGCAAUCAUAAGAAAGACCUCUUUUGGAAAGGAAACAGCAUGUGUAUAUCUAGCCUAAAAUAAACCAUACAAUACAAACAUUUCAUAUAAAAUAAAAUUAUCUUCUCUUAUGUUA